CGCUUUACAGCCUCAGGUGUUGGUGGGGGGGUUGGUCCCGUUGUCUCAGCUACUCAGAUCGGUGGGUGGGCGCCCGCGAAAAUAAACCACCACGAAACCAGAGAUGGACCUGGUGGUCUUUGAGGACGUGGCCGUGACCUUCUCCCCGGAGGAGUGGGCCCUGCUGGAUUCUUCCCAGAAGGAGCUCUAUCGAGCAGUGAUGCUGGACAUCUGCGAGCACCUGGCGUCCAUGGAUGAUGUUUAUAGCUUUGCUGGUGGGACUGUUUCUCAGCAAGAUAUUUAUGAGGACGAAAGUGCCAAGGAAUAUGAAACAGCAGAGUGGAACAGAGACAACUCCUGGGCUCCAGUUUUUGGAAAAACUUGUGGAAAAGAUAACACUGAAGAUUAUCACACAACCCAGGCCUGGCAUCCCAGAAAUCACUGGGCGCAGAGCUUCCCUGAAGUGAAGGAUCUGUGCGCCGAGCCGGGCCUCAGCCAGAUUCUAGACUUUCACUCCUACCAGAAAACGCUCACUGGCCUCAAACACGAUGGUGACUCCGGCGUGCACGGGACCGACUCCAUGCAUCCCCCGCUGCCCCCGACUGACGCCCCGGGCCGCCGGGUUCGCCGACUCCACCGGUGCCCGGAGUGUGGGCUGGGCUGCAGCUGCCCGUCGGUCCUGCGACGGCACCUGCGCAUCCACCGGGGCGAGCGGCCCUACGCGUGCGUCACCUGCGGCCGCACCUUCCCGCACACGUCGUCCCUGAACCGGCACCGGAAGAUCCACACGGCCGAGAAGCCCUUCGCCUGCCCGCAGUGCGGGAAAGGCUUCAUCGACAUGUCCAGCCUGAGCAGCCACGCGCGGACCCACACGGGCGAGAAGCCCUACGAGUGUCCGCAGUGCGGGAAGGCCUUCGGCUACUCGUCCACCUUCCGCCGCCACCGCAUCAUCCACACCGGGGAGAAGCCGUACCGGUGCCAGGAGUGCGGCGAGGCCUUCAGCUACUCGUCCACCUUCCGCCGCCACCGCGUCACCCACACCGGGGAGAAGCCGUACGCGUGCCAGGAGUGCGGCGAGGCCUUCAGCUUCCCCGCCGCCUUCCGCAGGCACCGCAUGGCCCACACCGGCCGGACGCCGCACGCCUGCGAGCACUGCGGCAAGACCUUCAUCUACCUGCAGUCGUUCCGCCGCCACCAGCGCAUCCACACCGGGGAGAAGCCCUACGCCUGCGGCCACUGCGGCAAGACGUUCGUCCACCUGCAGUCGUUCCGCAGGCACGAGCGGACCCACGAGGACGACGACGACGGCGGGCAAAAGCCCUUCGAGUGCCACCGGUGCGGGACGGCGAUCAGCCCGCCCGCGGCCUUUGUGGGCCCCGCCGCGGGGGCGUCCCCGGGGGAGCAGCCGCACGUGGCCGCCCCGUGUGGGCAGCCCCUCGGCUGGCCCCUCUCCCUGCGGAGGCACCUGCAGCCCCGCGCCGCCGGGGAGCAGCCCCCCGCGUGGGAGCUGUUGGGGGGCGCCUUCCGCCAGGACCCCGUGAGGCCGCAGCCCGGGGAGCAGCCUUACGAGUGCCCGCUCUGCGGGCCGGGCUGCCGCGGCCACGGGGCCUUGCAGAAGCACCUGAGGGGGCCCGCGGUGGACAGGCCCCAGGCGUGUCAUCAGUGCGGCCAGGCGUUCCUCUGGCCCGAGCUGCUGCCACAGCGCGCGAGGGCGCCCGCAGCUGCCGCCGCCGCCGCCACCACCGCCGCCGAGAAGCCCUCCGAGUGCCAGGAGUGCGGCAAGGUCUUCAAGUGGCCAUCCUCGCUCCCUGUCCACAUGCGCCUGCACACCGGAGAGAGGCCCUACCCCUGUGGGCAGUGCGACAAAGCCUUCAGCUGCUCCUCGUCCCUCCGGAGACACGCAAAAACACACGCGCCAGAACCACACGCCGGGGGCAGGAGCUGUGAGAGCACAGCCGGGAGAGCGCCGGCCUGGCACGUGGCCGACCCCGGUUCGAUCCCCGGCAUCUCUUUGGGUCCCCCAAGCACCGCCAGGAGUAAUUCCUGGGCGCAGAGUCCUAAGGAGUCAGCCCUAAGCAUUGCCACGAGUGGCCUCCCCCAAAUAAAACAAAACAAAAAAGCAGAAAUGGAAUGA